GUCCCCAAAUACUUGUCACAACAGUGGAAUAAAGCUUCAGGAAGAGGUGAAGUGGGAAAACUAAGGAUUGCCAAAAAUCAAGGAAGAACAGAAGUGUCAUUUACUUUGAAUGAAGAGCUUGCAAGCAUCAACGAUAUUGGAGGAAAACCUGCUUCAGUCAGUGCACCAAGGGAACAUCCAUUUCUUUUGCAAAGUGUGGGAGGACAGACCUUAACAGUGUUCACAGAAAGUUCAGUAGAUAAACUUGCCUUGGAAGGGAUAGUGGUGCAACGUGCUGAAUGCAGACCUGCAGCUAGUGAAAAUUAUAUGAAACUGAAAAGAUUACAGAUAGAAGAAUCUUCUAAACCUGUAAGACUAUCACAACAGCUGGACAAAGCAGUGACCACGAACUAUAAACCGGUGGCUAAUCAUCAAUAUAAUAUUGAAUAUGAAAAGAAGAAGAAAGAAGAUGGCAAACGGGCUCGAGCUGAUAAACAACAAGUGUUGGACAUGCUUUUUUCAGCUUUUGAGAAACAUCAGUAUUACAACAUUAAAGACCUGGUGGACAUAACCAAACAGCCAGUGAUAUACUUGAAAGAAAUUUUAAGAGAAAUAGGCAUCUACAACGUGAAGGGGACCCACAAAAACACAUGGGAGCUGAAGCCAGAAUACAGACACUACCAAGGAGAAGAUAAGAGUGAUUAA